AUUCUUACUUUGACUUUUGCUCUGUUAGCCUUCGUAGAAUGCUGCCUCUUCUGCCCCUUAAACCAGGGCCUCCAAAGAUUCAUGGGAGCAGGGACAAGAGGCAAUGUAUUCUUUCUGUCAUCAGCCAUCUUCUCGGGGAUAUCUUCUUUUCUAAGUUCAAGCUGAGGCAAGGGCUGGUUGGAGUUGGAGUCUUUCCCCCCACAUUCUUCUUAAAGAGUUCAGUAUAAAAGUUUCAUUAUUACUCGGUAGCUCAGUGAAGAAGCCAGAUAAAUGGCCGAAUGAAUAAAAAAUGAGAUUGUUCCCCAAGCGUCACUUGAGAGGUAAACUAUUUAGCUAGGUACUAUAUUUAUAGUUUAAGAGAGUGAACCUGGAAAAAGCCCCACAGAAAUGGCAUGUCGUAUUUUGACAGUUUCAAGGCCCUAGGAAGAAAAUAUAGCUACUGUCAGGAAAGUGGUAUAGCCAGAGGGCCAGACAAAAGCAUAAACUUCACAUAAGAGUGCUUAAUAUAUAUAGCUUGUUCAGGAUUGCUUGGAAGAACCAUAAUACUUGCUUUGGGAUUGUAGAAGAAAUUGAAAUGUUAGAAUCCCAUGGAUGAGAAGAGGAAUGAACACUUACUGAGGACUCGCCAUGUGUCAGGUCUUAUGCUAGUUGCUUUCCAUACAUGAUCUCACUCCCUAUUCUUGCACUCAGCAUUCACUCUACAGGGGGCCUUCUUCGUGCCAGGCACUCUGCUAGGUGCUGGGCAUCAAAGGUAUCACCUCAGUUUGAUAUGACAGCAGAAAGCUGGUUCCCGGUGAACCAGAAAUGUCAUCAUCGAAACCAGGCAAGACAUGCAAGUCGAAAAUCUACCGCCUCCAAGUUCCCACAUCUAACAUUUGACAGUCCACUGUUUUCCUCUUGUUCAGCCACGCUUGGGAUCCCCUUAAGCAGGGAAUGCCCCGGUCAAUCAGAAAAGCAAAUUUCCGGAAGGCCCUUAGUUCCAAUGCUCAGUCCUCAAAGCUGUGGGGAAGUGUCAGCACAUGCGCUUCAAAACUUACCUUAUGUAUUCAUUCCCCCUGAUAUCCAGACCCCAGAGUCAUCGUUUGUGAAGGAGGGGCCUGUUCCCCCAGGUCAGAGGGAAAGUAGCCUUCCGAGCUGCUCCUUCCAUGCUGGUACUCCCAAGAGCCCAGAGCCUGGGCCUGUUCUAGUUAAAGACACUCCUGAGGAGAAGUAUGGGAUCAAGGUCACAUGGAGGAAACGACGCCACUUGUUUACUUACCUCCGGGAGAGAGGGAAGCUGAACAAAAACCAGUUCCUUGUGAAAAACUCACUGGAUUUCUCCGGCACCAGCAGUCUCAAGAAAUUUUCAUAAAGUUGCUAAAGUACUUUUCUGGUUCACAGGAGAGUACAUCAGGAGAAUAAAAUGGAAAUAGUACCAAUAACCUCAAUAGAAAAAAAGAUGUUUUAACCAGAACCUUGGAGUCGUAAGGGAAUUCAGUUCCCAGAUUUGCUUUUUAAGAUGUCUUUUCCUAAAAAGUUUUUAGUGUCAUAAACAGUUCAUAUUUUUCUUAACAUUAACUGUCUAAAAUUUUAAAGUAUCUUGUAGUAACUAUUUAAAAUGUAUGUAAAUAAAUGAUUGC